AUGGCGGCUGCUCAGACGACCCGAUCGCUCUACAGCUCCCUGGGCUUGACACACCACGUCAGCAAGACGUCCUCGGGGUCCGAAGUCCACAGCUACAUCUCGGAUCUGGGCCCAGAUGUGCCUAUAUUGACCUUGAUCCACGGAUAUCCUCAAUCUGCAUAUGAAUGGCGUCGAGUUGUCCCUGCGCUGAAGGACAGAGUCUCGCUCUUUGUGCCAGAGCUCCCCGGCUACGGCAUCUCAACGCCCAUCAAAGACAAAGACGCCAACACGAAACGGUCCGUCGGCGGUGCUCUGCUCGAAGCACUCUCUUCAGCCUUCGAGACGAACACGAACACGAACACGAGUUCGACUGCUUCUUCCACAGCAGCCGCAGCCGCAGCGCCCCGAAAAGUCAUCCUAGGCGGCCACGACCGCGGCGCACGGAUCUGUCACCGUCUUGCCGUCGACUUUUUGCACCCUUCCGAGGCGUCGUCCGUCUCCAUCUACUCAAAGCUCAAUCUCACCGUGAUCGGCACCGUGCUGCUGGACAUCAUCCCCACGCUCGAGCAAUGGCGCGCCUUCGCGGACCCGGCCAUCUGUCAGGGGUAUUUUCACUGGCCAUUACUCGCCAACGCCGACGUCGCGGUGGACAUGAUCUCCGCGUACGGGGGCGCGAAAUGGUGCCGGGCGGCGCACUUGCGUAUUGGAGGACCCAACCCGUCUUCCAUCGCCCGGAUUUGCGCGGAUAAUGCCCUGGACGUGUACGCCGAGCUCUUCGACGCACCUGACACCUUGUACUACACGGCGCUGGACUAUGCGGCUGGCGCGGCGCCGGAAGCGAACGAGCAAGAAGACGAUCAAAAAGCGGAUAGAAAAGUGGCGGUGCCGAUUCUCGUCAUGUUUUCGACGGCGAGACUCGGAGCGCGCAUUGAUGUCCAGGGCAUCUGGAGGGGGUGGGUGGCGGAGGGCAUCUUGACGGCGCAGGAUUAUGAAGGGUACGGCGUGGGCGAGGGGUAUGGACAUUAUCUGCCGGAAGAGGCGUAUGAGAUUGUGUGUCCGAAGAUUGAAGAGUUUAUCAAGACCGUUUCAAAGAAGAAGGUGGAUUGA